CAAACUUCACGUCUGUUAUGACAGCUGUCAAAUGUUUCAAAGAAAAAUGUGUUCUUGAACCCUAUUUUCUCAAAAAAAAGGGCAUAAUGCUACUAAACCUAGUGAAUUAGUUAAAAUUACUUAUCGGAAAUGGAAGAAUUACAAACGGAGGAACUGGAGGCUCUGCUGUCCAUUUAUGAAGGGGACGAAUGCUUCAAGAAUACUUCCCCCAACACUUUCCAAUAUAAGUAUGGUGAAAGCGAUACGAAAAAGUCGUUUGUAAUAGAAGUCAAGUGGGGCCCCAACUAUCCAGACGAGCUACCCGAGUUCAACUUAGAUGUCUUUUACAACAAACAUAUAUCACAAACAACUAAAUCCAAAAUCCUGGAAGCCUUAAAACAGGAAUCGGAACAAUACUUAGGAAUGUCAAUGACCUACUCCAUAUUUGAAUUCGUCAAAGAAAAAUUCGAGGAAUUCCUGGAGAACCAAAAGGAAGAGGACGAGGUCAGUACCGAUGUGCAUAAAUUGUGCAUUUCCGAUGCCACCGAGGAGGAACCUGCCACAAUAAAAAAGGAAAAGAAAGAACAACUUACUAAGGCACAAAAGAGACGGGCAUGGAACCGAGUGGACGCCAAAGGUGAAAAACCCCGGGGAUGGGACUGGGUGGACAUAGUGAGACAUCUUUCAUCGACAGGGUCAAAAGAAACUAGCGAAUAACAAUAAUAUUUUUUAUAAAAGAUAUAUUUAUUAUUAAAAUAAAUGGACUUUUAAUUAAA